CACACCUCCACACACACAGCCACAUCGCCAGUACACCAGCUUCUUGUACCUUCAACUAUGGACGCGGAGUCGUCGACGUCGGCCUACUCACCCCCGUCCCUGCGCCACAAGCUGCGGACCACCGUGUGCGGCUGCUUCGGCUCGCCCGGCAGCGACGGCGAGAGGCCGCAGACCGGCGGCGGCGGCGGCAGGGCCAAGUGGAGGAGACGGGUGGCCGCCACGGGCGAGUUCAGGUACGACCCGCUCAGCUACGCGCUCAACUUCGACGACGGCGGCAGCGAGGACAGCGACGAGGGCGCCGACGCCGCGUUCCGGUACCGGGACUUCAGCUCCCGCCUGCCGCCCUCGCCGAAGCCGGCAGCCGCCCGCAGGCUCACGGCCGUCGCCAUCGCCUGAACUGGGCCCUUCUUUUUUGCUGUAACUCUGAUUUGUCUCCCUGAUUUGAUUUUCUUCUCUAAGCGAGAUUGAAGCCCUUACUUACGUCUGUAACUCUAAGCAAUUACUUUUAUGUUCGAGCAACAUUGUAGCGACAGGAGUAUAGCAGUAGGGAAUCGAAAUGGUUCCCCGUGUAACCGACCACUAAUAUACAGUGAACUGAAGACUUGAUUGUCACA